CUGCCACCGACGCCGGGGCCCGAGUUCGGGGUGGGGCCGGGGCCGCCGGGACCGCUGGGGAGCCAGGCCAGCCCCUUCUCUCUAUCCCAUCUUCCCCAGUGCCUGAUGCAGACCGAAGACUUUCUUCCUGCCUGUUUCAGGCAGUGGAGGAGGAAGAGAUGGAUCCCCCGGCCCCGGCCUCGAGGGUCUUCUGCAGCCGCAUCCUGAGCAUGGUGAAUGUGGAUGAUGUCAACGCCAUCAUCCUGGCCCAGAAGAACAUGCUGGACCGCUUUGAGAAAACCAACGAGAUGUUGGUGAACUUCAACAACCUAUCAAACGCCCGCCUGCAGCAGAUGAGCGAGCGCUUCCUGCACCACACAAGGACCCUGAUGGAGAUGAAGCGGGACCUGGACAGCAUCUUCCGCAGGAUCAGGACGCUGAAAGGGAAGCUGGCCAGGCAGUACCCAGAGGCCUUCAGCCACGUCCCAGAGGCAUCCCUCCUGGAGGAUGAUGAUGAAGACCCCAUCCCGCCCAGCACCACGACCACCAUUGCCACCUCCGAACAGAGCACAGGUUCCUGUGACACGAGCCCAGAUACCAUCUCACCCUCCCUCAGCCCUGGAUUCGAGGACCUGUCCCAAAUCCAGCCCAACUCCCCUGCCUUCAAUGACCACAGCCAGAUGGAUGAUAAGCAGAUGCCGGGCCAGUAGCUCUGUUCCCAGGCACUCCAAGGGGUUCCAGGCCUCUCCAGGUGUCUGAGGUGGCAGAUAACCCUGCCUGGAACCAGUCAGCUUUGCCACCCUAUUCUGUCAUCCAGGGCACCCUGGGGGAUAAGGCUCCCUCCCAGCAUUGUGGAAUUCUGGGGAAUCUGUCAUUGUCACUUCUCCUUCACUGAGGCUAUUUUUCUCCUGCAGACCCUCUGCCAGGCCAGGGGAUGAGCAGCCACCUGGAGUUGUUGGGCUGGGCACCAGGAAUCUUUUCCAGAGCCAGGCCUGAGGUCUGCUCUGAACAACACUUAAAGGUUCCCAAAGACAAAAGCCAGAUGUCCCCUGUCUCACCACCAACUAGUGGACAGACACUAGCAUGUCUCAGUUCACUCCCACACCUACUAAUUCUGGUCUCCCUGUCCCUUCCUCCAAGGAAAGUAUUAAAUACUUUCUCCAAUCAGUAUCUCGAGGUUUCUGAAACAGCUGUAGAAAGCUCAAGACCAUCCACUCAGCCCCAAGUGUGAUAAAAGCCCACAUUUGUCUGACCAAAGGUGUGAGCCCUGAGGGCCCUGCAGAUCUCUCCCAGGGCCUCCAUGAAGCCAAGCCACCUUGGAAAACAGAAUUUAACAGAAUAUUUUUGUAUCCGAUGUUUACAGAUGCUGUUGGGAAGUUAUCAAUAAAAAGACUAAAAAGAGAA